AUGGGAACACUUCCGGAACGUAAGGAUAUCCCCCCGUGGGUGAAGGUUCCCGAAGACCUGAAAGAUCCAGAGGUGUUCCAGGUCCAGACGCGGCUGCUGGAAGCCAUAUUUGGUCCAGGCGGAGCUCGAAUCCCUUACAUCGAGCAAGUGAGCAAGGUCAUGCUCGAGCUGAAAGUUCUGGAAUCUUCGGACCUCACCGAGGUCGUGGUUUAUGGCUCUUACUUGUACAAGCUCCGGACCAAAUGGAUGCUCCAGUCCAUGGCUGAGUGGCACCGCCAGCGUCAGGAGCGAGGGAUGCUCAAACUUGAGGAAGCCAUGAGUGCCCUGGAACUAGGUCCUUGGAUGAAGUGA